GUUAGAAACAGUGUUGUUAUUAUGCUUUUUGUAAAUAUAAAUAAACCACUAUAUUUAUAUAAAUCCUCUGUGUUAAAAACAUGAAAGGAGUUAAAAAUACCUCAAUCGUCAUCCAUCAGCUGCUCCCCAUGAAUACAAUAACAUUGUCAAGCCAAUCGAUUAAAAAUAAAUUUUAGGUUUGUUUAUAGAAUAUAACGGCUUAGUCUAGAAAAACUUCGCCAGCGCAAGGUGCCUCUUGGGUAUGGACCCCGUUCUCGAACUCGGAAAGGUUCAAUUUCUUUUAUAUAAAGACAGAAUUGUUUUGUCAAAAGGGUUUUUAUACACCAUAAAUUAAAUUCAAAAUACUUUUUCUGAUGAGGUCAAUUGCUUCUUCCAGCGUCUUGAUUUUAGCUGCUCUCCUACCUUUGGCUAAGGCAUCACCAGCUCAUUUCAAGAGGGCUUAUGCAGAGCCAGGACGUAUUACCAGCUCUAACAUGAUACCUUUUGAUUGCAAUGAGAGUAUACCCAAUUGGGUAGUUCCGGUUGAGCUAGGUACACCUGGCCAAUCCGUAAAUUUACUUCUUGACACUACGUUCGAUAACACUUUUGUAGCUGGUGUUAUGUGCCAUUCCGAAUUCUGCGAAAAUCAGUCAGAUCCUUUGUAUAACGCUGGACAAUCAUCCACUUCUGUCAAUCUCCACCAAAGAAGAACAUUCGAUCUAGGUGACGGAGAAAUCGUCACUGGUGAUAUAUACAAGGAUACAAUCGAUUUUGGUAGCGUCAUCUACGAAAACGCAACGUUUGGAAAAGCUUUUGAUGUUCAAGGGUUUCCGCCCAUGGCUAAUUUCGCUGGCGUACUCGGUUUAGCCUCUUCCGUAAAUCAAACUACCAGUACUCUCAAUAAAAGACAAGAAAAACUUCCUACUUAUAAUAAUGAUAGAGCUACGGAGGGCGAUAACCCAGGACAAAGACGACAAUCAAAUCAUAAUGAUGACGCUUUUAGGAAAAGAAGCGCUGGUUCCGGUACAUGCGGCUUUUCUCUCGAUUUUGAUACUGAUAGCGUGUCUCAAGAGAUUUUUUGGCUUGAGUAUCCCACUUGCGAAUACGGCAAUUCACCUUUCUGGAAAACUGACCUUACAUGUGUAACAAUUGAUGAUGCUGUAGAUCUUAAAUUUAAAAAUACAAUAGCCGAGUUCGAUACAACUGUUCAGAAUAUAGAAAUGCCCCAGAAAGAUUUUCAAAAGAUACAUGAAGGUCUUAAGGCUACUUAUCACAAGAGCGUGGAUAGAUGGUUAUUUAAAUGCUGUGAUGCUAAGAAUUUAAAGAUAUCAUUUUCAAAGUACGCCGUCACUAUUCCUGCAAUUUCUUGGACAAUUAUAGAAGGUGAAGAUGAAGAACUUUGCUCUGCUAUCUUCUCAAUCUCGAGAACUGAUAUCACGCCAGUGAAUAGAUGGCGUCUUGGUACCCGUUUUAUCACUAAUUUCAUCACAAUUUCUAGCCCAACAAGAAAACAAACCGGAAUUGCCUUGAUAGAUACUGUCGAGGAAGGAUUAGUUAUCACUCACAAAUAAGAAGUAAAGCCAUACGAAGAGUUUUAGUACAAGCUUUAUAAAUUAACAAUCCAAUGACCGUUACUACUAUAUCUUACUCCGAUCUG